UAAGGCAUGAAUUCAGUUUGUGCCGAGUGUACAAGAAAUCGAAAAGCUUACGAGCAUUUGAUCGCCGGCCACUGGGGGUGGAGAUGCUGAGAGAUCAAACAGGAGCUGCUGCUCAUGGUGAUGAAGCAACAACAUCUUGUCAAAACCUUAAAAUGGAAAAGAUGGAGAUAGCAAACUCACCUGAUGAGAGUUCAUCCUCACAAGGGACAAAUAAUAAUAUUCCAGAUCAAAUUGGGGAAAGAAGUAACAUUAUGCCAAUGGUUACUGAUACUCAACCAUUUUGGGAUUGGGAUCCAUUGGAUUGGAAUUAUUUGGAGGAGACAAUUAACUAAUUAAUUUUCACUUGGAAAUAGUGCAUGUAUUGUAACUUUGAAAGAGGUGUAUGUGCAAAAAUGCUCCUAAUUCAUAACAUAUGUAAUUUAUAUGUAAUUCUAUUGUUUUUUAUGUGUAUCUUCGUGAUUAUCA